AUGGCGUGGCAACCGGAGGAGGACGGUCUGCGACAACUCUCGGAAUUUUUGAAGAAUUCAUUGAGUGGCCAUGACAGAAAUAAACAGAAAGAAGCCGAGCAGAUGCUCAUGAACGCUCGCAACAAUGCCGAUUUUGUCAAUUACCUCACCUACAUCUUCAGCACACCGCAGGUCGCUCAGCGACUUGAACUCAAUGCCCCGAGCCUCUUUCUCGUCCGUUAUGCCGCCGCCAUUAACCUCAAGAAUCACAUCAAACUCUUCCACAAAUCCAUCCCCAAGGAUCAGCUUGCAUACCUCAAAGCCGCCACAUUGAGCGUUCUCCAAGACCCGAAUCCCCAACUGCGCAGUUUCUCUGGCACGGUCAUCACUGAGAUCGUCCAGCAAGGUGGUUUGUUACAAUGGCCCGAGGUUCUGCAGGAUUUACUGUCCCUCGUCAGCAACACUCCCGGGAAUGUGCCCCCCGAGACCCAAGAGGGUGCCAUGUCUGCUCUGGCCAAAGUCUGCGAAGACAACAAGAAGCUUUUGGACAAGGAGUUCCAGGGCCAGAGACCCAUGGCUGUGAUUGUUCCUAAGUUACUGGAAUACGCAGGCAACCAGAACCCCAAAAUCAGAGUUCUGGCUCUCAGCACCCUGAAGAGCUUCAUCCCUCAGAAAUCCCAGGUCUUGUUUGGUGCUUUGGAUGUCUACCUUCAAACGAUCUUUCAACUCGCCGCUGAUGAUGAUACCCAAGUUCGGAGGAUUGUCUGCCAGUCACUUGUUCAACUGGUGGAUUCGAGACCCGAUAUGCUUGUCCCCCAUAUUAAUGGGCUGGUGAACUACAUCUUGACGCAGCAACAGACUGUUGACGCUCCCGAUCUUGCCUUGGAUGCAGCCGAGUUUUGGCUCAGUGUGGGUGAACAAGACCAGCUGAGAGAUCUAAUGGGUCCUUAUCUCCAACAGAUCAUUCCUGUUCUCUUGGCCGGAAUGGUCUAUGGAGAGGAUGAGGUCUUCAGACUUGGUGGAGAUGAAAAUGAUGCCGAUGUGGAAGAUCGUGUCGAAGACAUCAAACCUCAAUUCGCCCAAACAAAAGCCGGAAGAGGCGUGACCUCCGAGAAAGACGAGGGUACCGAAAGCCCUCACCCCAAUGGAACUCCAACUAAGAAAGCCGAUCUGAGUGAUGGUGAAGUCGAAGGGUCAGAUGCGGACGAAGAUGACGAAUGGGACGAGGAAGAUCCAGAAAAUGCCUGGAGUCUACGAAAAUGCUCAGCAGCUGCACUCGAUGUCUUUGCCGUUAACUAUCACGCUGCCGUCUUCGACAUUAUCCUCCCAUAUCUCAAGAACAACCUUAGUCAUACCCUAUGGCCCAAGCGUGAGGCUGCAGUCCUUGCCCUAGGUGCAGUCGCAGACGGCUGCAUGGAAGUGGUCUCCCCACAUCUCCCAGAACUCGUACCAUUCCUGAUCUCCAGAUUGUCAGAUGAAGAACCUGUCGUGCGUCAGAUCACUUGCUGGUGUCUCGCGCGCUAUUCUGAAUGGGCGGCAAAUCUUGAGUCCCCGUCCGACAAGCAACGAUAUUUCGAGCCCAUGAUGGAGGGCCUCCUUCAACGCAUGCUCGAUCAGAAUAAGAAAGUCCAAGAAGCAGGUGCUUCCUCUUUCGCCAGCCUUGAGGAGAAGUCUCGUGACAAGCUUAAGCCUUACAUCACGCCAAUUCUGCGCCAGUUUACUGAGUGCUUCAAGCGUUACAAGGACAAGAAUAUGUACAUUCUAUACGACUGUCUGCAGACGCUUGCUGAUAAUGUUGGUGCAGAAAUGGCCACACCAGACCUUGUGGAUCUCUUAAUGCCAGUACUGAUUCAGCGUUGGAAUAAGAUUCAAGACGAUUCGAGGGAGAUGUUCCCUCUGCUUGGCUGUCUGGGUUAUAUCGCCAUGGCUUAUGGAGAAGUCUUCGCGCAAUUCGCCCCUCCCAUCUUCGACCGCUGUAUUAAGGUCGUCUACGCAAACCUGCAACAGCAUAUGGCAUUUGUGAGUGGUGUGAGCGUUGACGCACCAGACAAGGAUUUCAUCGUCACCGGCCUCGAUCUCGUCUCGGCCAUCAUUCAGGCCAUCAACCCAGCCAAAUCCGCCCAGCUCGUUCAGGACUCUCAGCCACAAUUUUUCGACCUCCUGUCCUUCUGCAUGGAAGACAACACUACCGAUGUCCGCCAGUCCGCCUAUGCUGUACUGGGUGAUUGUGCGAUCGCCCUUUUCCCGAGUCUAGAUCCAUACCUCCCCAAACUUCUGCCCAUUUUAAUUCGCCAGCUCGAUUUAGACACCAUGCCAGAUGAUGAUUCUGACAAUCACUUUAAUGUUCUCGCCAACGUAUGUUGGAGUUUAGGAGAGAUUGCGGCACGAGCUCCCACGUCCCGACUCGACAGCUUUGCAGAAACACUUGUCAAGGCCCUCUUGACCAUCAUCAAUAAUGAAGAAGUGCCAGACCCGGCAUCAGAGAAUGCAGCAACAGCAUUGGGUCGCCUCGGACUCGCGUGUCCGGCCAAUUUGGCUCCAUUCCUGCCAGAAUUCGCCGAGUCGUUCCUGGGCUCGAUGUCUAAGAUCGGCCACUCGCACGAGAAAGCUUCAGCUUUCCUAGGAAUGAACAAUGUCAUUGAGCGAAACCCUCAGGCCAUGGAGCGCAGUCUUCCUGCUUACUUCGCCGCCAUCGCUCAGUUUCCCCAGAAGGGUAAGGUGGGCCAGGAAUACAGUGAGGUCCGUGCUAGCUUUGCUCGUGUCAUCCAGGGUUAUCAGAGCUUGAUCGGGGCUGACGGAUUCAAUACCUUCCUCGCUGGCUUGAGUCCGCCGGUCAGGGCUAAGUUGAGGGAUGGGUUCGGUGUUGGUGCUUGA